CUACACUGUGGUGUUAACUUGGUCUAUUGCCCACUGGAGCUGGUGUUUUCUUUUUCUUUCUCUCUCCCCUUUUCUACUCCUACCCUUGUGCUUCUUCAGAGCCACUCAAGCCCAGGCGAUGUCCUUGGCUUCUGUCGCAGUGAUGCGGUGAAGCCAGACUGCUGUCUCUCGAAGUGGGAGAGUGAAGUUGUCGACAAAAAGGAGGCUUUAUAAAUCAGGGAGCCGGAAGGUGGCAGGAGCCUGCAGCUCGGCACCAGAGCCUCUCACCUGGCCCAGAGCCCCAGGAGCCCCAGGAUGUCCCGGACUCUGCCGUCCCUGCUGCUUCUCCUCCUCGCCCUCCGCGGUGCCCUGGCCCUGAAGCUCUGCUCCUUCAACGUGAGGUCCUUCGGGGAAAGCAAGAAGCAAAACCAGAAUGCCAUGGACAUCAUUGUGAAGAUCAUCAGACGCUGCGACCUCAUACUGCUGAUGGAAAUCAAGGACAGUCACAACAGGAUCUGCCCCAUGCUGAUGGAGAAGCUGAACGGAAAUUCAAGGAGAGGAACAACAUACAACUACGUGAUUAGCUCUCGGCUUGGAAGAAACACAUAUAAAGAACAGUAUGCCUUUCUCUACAAGGAAAAGCUCGUGACGGUGAAGAAAAACUACCUCUACCACGACUUCCAGGAUGGAGACGCAGACGUGUUUUCCAGGGAGCCCUAUGUGGUCUGGUUCCAGUCACCCCACACUGCUGUCAAGGACUUCGUGAUUGUUCCCCUGCACACCACCCCUGAGGACUCCGUGAAAGAGAUAGACGAGCUGGUGGACGUCUACACGGACCUGCAACGCCGGUGGAAGGCGGAGAAUUUCAUUUUCAUGGGUGACUUCAACGCUGGCUGCAGCUAUGUCCCCAAGAAGGCCUGGAAGGACAUUCGCUUGAGGACCGACCCCAAGUUCGUAUGGCUGAUUGCAGAUGACGAGGACACCACGGUCAAGAAGAGCACCAGCUGUGCCUAUGACAGGAUCGUGCUUCGAGGACAAGAGAUCGUCAAGUCUGUGGUUCCCGGAUCAAACGGCGUCUUUGACUUCCAGAAGGCUUACCAGUUGUCUGAAGAGGAGGCGCUGGAGGUCAGCGACCACUUUCCAGUUGAAUUUAAACUAAAGUCUGCAAGGGCCUUCACCACCAACAAAAAAUCUGUUCCCCCGAAGAAGAAAAAGAAGGCCAACCGCUCCUAGACACAAGGGCGCCAUUCUAUUAACCCUCUCCUGCCACUAAAUAAAAUGGCUCUAACAGUACCAACUGCUCCCAGUACUCUCAGGAAAGAAAACCGGUCCGGUCGCUUUUAUUUUCCACUUGAGUUCAUUCUGCCUUAGCCACACUGGAAGGAGAGUCUUCUGUUAUCCUUCCCGGCUCCUACCUCCUCUGGACUGCCCAAAAGAACACCUUGGCUUUUGAAGUCCAAAAAGAAGGCUUGGGCACUGGAGCCGGAGCCCCACGUGCGCUGGCACUAGUUCCCUACCGACUAUGCCACAGCAGAGGCCAUAGGAGGACGAACACCAGCCUGCCGUCCUCACGAGAAGAUCUACCCCCAGGAAGUGAGCAGAAGCACCAGGGCCCCAGCUGCCCCCUUAGGGGACAGUUAACUGUUCUAACUCUGCCUCUUCUGUCUGAGGCCAGGCCACCAAGAGAGCGCACACUGCUGAAGGGUCACAGCCACUCCCACCUGGCCUGCCUGCCUCCAGAUUGUCCUCCUCCAGCCAGCCCAGGAGCCACCAGUGUCACCCUGUGACGCUCCGUUCUGACCACUCCUACCCCGCCGAGGACCCCUCAGGACUCCCUCACCAUGAAGGCUCCACCGUCUGGCAGCUCACCCUAUCCGCAAGAGCGGGACCGGCUCUGGCUUUCCCUGCCCCGCCCGUGUCUGCCCUCCCUUGGGGCUUUGGCUCUGCCCCAUGCCCUACUCUGCCCCAGAGCCUGAACUACGUGCCCUAGUCCCAUUUUGUCUGCCUGCAUUACCACACUGACCUCGUUUAACUAGUCACGGGGCUGGCGCUAGAGCUCCCUGCAGGUCUAAUGUGAAGCAGUCUCCCCUGGCUGACUGAAGCCAAAAGAUUUUGUUAUUUUCCUGCAACUUCUAUGUAUCCGGCAACACCGCACCAUUUGGCCUGCAUAAAAAUGUGCCCAUUUUUGUGUAUUUUCCUUAACAUUGCUUCUCGGCUCCGGCGGGACAUGAGCAUGGCUUAAAUGUACACACAGUACUGAAGAAGCAGCAGCAAAAAAGACUCCCACGCCCUGACACAUCCUCUGGUUUCCUGUCUCGGAAAGAGACUUCUACCCAGCUUGUGGUCUUCUGCAGAAAACCUGUGCGUAAACAAGCACCGUAAGGGCCGGGGAUAGAGCUCAGCGGCACAAGCACCUGCCUGGCAAGUGUUAAAGUCCUGAGUUUCAUUCCCGGUACCAAAAAAAAAAAAAAAAAGCACCACAGAUAACCUUGACAAAUACAAAGUGUGGCACACUAUGUGCAUGGUUCUG